AUGCGAUGGUUGGGACCAGUGGUUGACGUGCGACUGGGCGAUUGGGCGAGGGACACGCAAAGAGGGCGGCGGGAGCAGAGGCAAAGCGAGCGCGGGUACAGUCGCCGCUGCGCAGCACCGCUACCUAGCUAUUGCAUCAGAACUGGCGCGGCUGGAAGGCUGCAGCUGCGUCCUGACAUAAGUUACGCUUCCGGGGCGAGCCAAGACGCCCGCCGACUGCCCCAAGCUGCCAACAUCACUCCUCCCCAUACUCUUCCUCCUCUCUCCCCGCCCCACAAGCCACCACCACGAAUCCUACCCGUCCAGCGCAUCAGCGUCCCCCGGGCCCCGCGCGAGCAGCUUCCCACGUUCGGCCCGCGUAUUGGGCCACGCUCCAGCUGCCACAGCACCGCAGUCGCCGGCUCUCCGACGCCUGCUCCCGCCGCUGUAGACGCCUGCCACGGCGUCGAGACGGCUGGAGCUUCCUCCGCACGCGCGACCGCGAACCUCUGCAGCUCCUCGCCCGCCCCAGCUGCCCCCCGAAGCCGCAACUCUCCCGCAACUACCGAUCCAUUGCAAGAGGCGUGCACCACUCUAGCGCCUCUUACAUCCACCAGGCCCGCCGAGCUGGCCGACGAAAUCCCUCACGACCAUCCCCCUACACUCGCCCCCGACUCCCCCGCCGAUCCACGUCCAGGUUUUUCCUCGUACACGGCAUUCUCAGCACAACCUGCAGCCGGCGGAAUCCCGAGCACGCCCGCUGCUUUUAGCUCCGUCCCGAUCCCCGAGCCAGAGCAGCCCUCGUCAGCGACCAAGCGCCCGCGCAGCUCAUCAGAGUCCACCAUCUCUGAUACCGAAAACCCCCGCUCCUUCCCCCCGGGUGAGGCCUCUCGCAGGCCGAAACGCAGACGCCGAGCCGAUCACACAAUGCGCCUAGGCUCCGAAUCAUCGCGGAGGUCUCCAUCGCCUUCCCAGCCUUUCUCCAACGGCCACAACGGCGUGUCGCCAGGCCAAGCGCCAGGCCUCGGAAAGGCAACAAAUGGUAGCGCGCACGGCGCGUCGGAGAGUAACGGCGAUGCUACUUCCUUCAUCAACGGCAGCAGGCCUGCCACCUUCUUCGGCCAUGAUAGAGAGGAGGUGACGAGGAUCUUGAUCCAAGGCCUGUCAGAUCUCGGCUACCACAGUGCAGCGGCCUCGCUAAGUCAAGAGAGCGGGUUUGAGCUCGAGGGUCCGACUGUUGCAGCUUUCCGGAAUGCGGUGCUUCAGGGUGAUUGGGCCGAGGCCGAGGCGCUAUUGUUCGGUACGACAAUCGAGGAUGGUGGCGGCGUCGGAAUCGGAGAUGGUGCAUACGGUUAUGGGAACGGAAAAGAGCCCGACAGGUCUGAAAAGUGGUCGUCGGGUACCCAGCACAUUCGCGGCCUGACAUUAGCUGAAGGGGCGAACAAGGACCAGAUGAGAUUCUGGAUGCGGCAACAGAAGUAUCUGGAGCUGCUCGAACAGCGCGAUCUUGGUGCUGCGCUUAUGGUGCUUCGUCAAGAGCUUACACCUCUGCACCAAGACACUCACGCAUUACACUCGCUGUCAAGUUUGAUGAUGUGCCAGUCAGCAGAGGAUCUCAAGGCUCAAGCAAGCUGGGAUGGCGCUGCAGGGGAAUCGCGAAGUAUACUUCUAUCGGAGCUGUCUAAGUCAAUAUCUCCCAAUGUGAUGAUCCCAGAGCAUAGGCUUGCAGUACUCUUAGACCAGGUGAAGGACAAUUGGGUCGGCAAGUGUCUGUAUCAUAACACUUCGGACUCACCCUCGCUUUACCUCGAUCAUCAGUGCGACCGCGAAGAAUUUCCGCUUCGGACAGUGCUUGAGCUUCGUCAUCAUCUCGAUGAAGUCUGGUUUCUCAAGUUCUCCAACGACGGGUCCAUGCUUGCCACUACGGGCAAGGACCAAAGGAUCUACAUCUAUGACACAUCCAACUACACCCGGCGCUUCGCUCUUGAAGAUCAUGAGAACGGUGUCUGCUACCUGGCCUGGAGCCCUGAUGAUACAAAGCUCAUCAGCUGUAGUCAAGACAAUUCUGCCAAGUUGUGGGACAUGACGACCGGUCAGCUUCUUCAGAGCCUCGACAAGGGAUUCGACUACCCCGUGACCUCCGCGGCAUGGGCUCCGAAUGGUGAAACCUUCGUUACUGGAUCCCAAGACACCAAUGCUGGCCUUUGCAUGUGGAGCAAAGAUGGCGAGAAGAGGCACACGUGGAGGGAAGAUGGUAGCGAGCGCGAGCGCGGAUACGCUCUUCGUGUUCACGAUGUUGCCAUCACCCCGGACGGUGAACGCCUUGUGGUCGUGCUGGAACAUCACAUCAUGGUCUACGACUAUCUGACACAGGAGAAGGUUUCCGAGUACGAGAUGAGCGACGUCAAGUUGACGUCCUUGAGUAUCAGUCAUGAUUCACGGCGCAUGCUUGUUAGCAUGAACGAGAACAAGAUUUGCCUGAUGGAGAUUGAGACUGGCGAACUUCUGGAGAAAUACGUGGGCCAGAAGCAGAGGGAGUACAUAAUCAGGAGUGCUUUCGGAGGAGCUGGCGAGAACUUUGUGGUCAGUGGCAGCGAAGAUUCACGGGUUUACAUCUGGCGAUCGAACGGCAACUUGGUUGAAAAGCUCGAAGCGCACAGAUCUGGCUGCGUCAACUGUGUCGCAUGGCACCCCAAGGAUCCUUCCGUCUUUGCCUCUGCAGGCGACGAUCGCACAGUUCGCAUGUAUGGGACCGCAGCCUUUAUGUUACCAGCCAGUCUUGAUAUCUAA